AUGUACAUUGACCCACAAAGGAAUAACGAGGUCAGGAAAUUGAACCUACCAAAUAUGCAAAAAAUUGAAGUACCUCAUUCACAAGAACAAACAGAUAAAAUGGAUAUUGAUCAAGAUUCACAAGAACAAAAGAAUAAAGAAAACUCUGAAUCAUCAAGAAGUAUUCAACAAAAUACUACACCCACUACUGAUAAACAACCACCAGCAGUAAGCACUAAAUUAUUAAUACUUGGUAAGAAAACAUCAGGGAAAUAUAACUUAACAGAUUUUCAAAUAUUAAGAACAUUAGGAACGGGAUCCUUUGGUCGUGUCCACCUAAUACGUUCAAACCAUAAUGGACGAUUUUAUGCUUUAAAAGUUUUAAAAAAACAGACUAUUGUUAAAUUGAAACAAGUUGAACAUACUAAUGAUGAGCGUAGGAUGCUAUCUGUCGUAUCACAUCCCUUUAUAAUUAGAAUGUGGGGAACAUUUCAGGACUCAAGACAAAUUUUUAUGGUUAUGGAUUAUAUAGAAGGUGGUGAAAUCUUCACUCUAUUAAGAAAAUCAAAAAGAUUCCCAAAUCCUGUAGCGAAAUUUUAUGCUGCAGAGAUUUGUUUAGCACUAGAAUACUUACAUUCUUUAAAUAUCAUUUACAGAGACUUGAAACCUGAAAAUAUUCUUCUAGAUAAGAACGGUCAUGUAAAAUUAACAGAUUUUGGGUUUGCAAAAUUCGUUCCUGAUGUUACUUAUACAUUAUGUGGUACUCCCGAUUAUAUUGCACCAGAAGUAGUAAGUACGAAACCUUAUAAUAAAUCUGUUGACUGGUGGAGUUUUGGUAUUUUAAUAUAUGAAAUGUUAGCUGGGCAUACACCGUUUUAUGAUUCAAACACUUUGAAGACUUACGAAAAAAUAUUGAAUGCACCAUUAAAAUUUCCAUCAUUUUUCCAUGAAGAUGCAAAGGAUAUUUUAACUAAACUAAUAAAUAGAGAUCUAACCAAGAGAUUAGGUAAUUUACAAGAUGGUAGUCAAGACGUUAAAAACCAUCCAUGGUUCAGUGAAGUCAUUUGGGAUAAAGUUCUAGCAAGAUAUAUAGAAACACCUUAUGAACCACCAAUACAUCAGGGACAAGGGGACACAUCUCAGUAUGAAAGAUAUCCGGAGGAAGAAAUUGAUUACGGUAUUCAAUGUGAAGAUCCUUAUGGUUUCUUAUUUAAAGAAUUCUAA